GCAGUGAGAAUGAAAGAAAGAGGGAUGAUGGAGCAGGUGAGAAAGUUCAAACAGAGAUGAGGAAGGCAGAAAAAAACGCAACGGGGCAAAGUUAUGAUCAGGGGGAUUUGAUUCACAAAGGCUCUGAUGAAGAAGUCUCGGCUUUAUUGUGUCUGUCUUCAGUUCUAUUAGUCUUUUUACUUGUCCCUUCCUCCUCCUCCUCUUAAAUGCCUCUCAUCCUGGCUGGCGCUGCAAUGUGGCUGUGUCUGCAGUGAAAGUGCUGGCUGGCAAAUUUCCCCUGGAGUGAACUCGACUGCGCAGUGAGAGUUUGCUGCUCUCCUUCCGUCCCAUCCACACUGACUCAGCUGUGUGGACGACCAGCUGACCCAUUACACAGCACUGGCUGCUGCAGCAGGAUUACAAAACAGCAGAACAAGUUGAGCAGAGCAGUUUCUAUCUGCUACGUAAUUUAGGGCUGGAUCCUGCUGCAUCAUUUGUUUUGGGACAAUGGUAGCCGGGAUGGAUGUUCGGUGGAUCGGGCCAGAACCCAUGAGGCGCUGCCCUCCUCACAAAGCCUGCAGACUGAUCUUCUCUUUACUAUUCGGAGUGUGGUCUGCUCAGGCACUGGAGAUGUCAGUGGGAAAGAUUCCCUACCUUGAAGCGGUGAACGGCAGCACAGUCGUUUUGCCCUGCACAUAUUUCAGUUGCAUUGGCAUUCAGAACCUUUACUUUAACUGGCAGUUUAAUGACAACGGCACCAUGCAAAAGGUUUGUGAAUCAGUGAUACCUUCAGAAGGGGUGGUACCAAAGGUGAGCAUAUUCAGAGAUCGAGUGGAGUUCGUAGGGAAGAACCAUGAGAACAACAUUUCCAUCUUGUUGUGGAACAUCACCUUUGAAGAUGGAGGCCUGUACACCUGCUUUGGUCGAAAUCCAAAGGAGAAGGACAAGAACCACAGCGCCAUCUUCCACCUCAUCGUGGUGGAUGAGUUGAGGGUGGUGGACAACAGUCUGACCAUCAUGAUAGCUUCGGCGGUGGGCGGAGCAAUUGCACUGCUGAUGGGCUUCAUGCUGCUUAAGAACUUCACCCUGUUUGUUCUUUCAAAGAUGGAGGAGAAAAAUAAGGAGUGCCUUGUAUCUUCAUCAGGGAUUGACAACACAGAAAAUGGCCUCUCAGGAUCUAAAGCUGAGUCAAAAGCAACACCAAAAAAGAAAUGAGACAGUGCAUGUAAAACAACAGGAGUACUCUCUGUUCAAAUUGAAUUUGCAGAAACAUAUACAUGCAAAUAUAAAUUGUAUUCAAGUUUUUCAUUUUGGUUGUGUUUUUCAGAUGGAGAAACCUAUUUGAUGUCAGUUAAAGCAAUGAUUGAUCUUGAACUAGCUGAGUAAAUUAAGAUACAACUAAAAAAAAAUUAAAUUCAACACAAUUCAAGAUGGGCACAUCAUUUGUAUGUAAAUGUAUACCUAGUAGUAACAUAUUAUAGUAGAUUUUGAACACACAAAUACUAACUUAUUUAUAGAAAACAGAAAAUAUUUCUGAAGCAUCAUUUAAGAAACCGUUAGCAAAAAUUCUCUAAAAUCUAGAAAUGUGUAAGAAAAAGGAAGGGGUUGAUCAUAAGUUGUCGGUGCAGCUUUGGGGGGAGGGGGGGUCUCCAUAUAAUUGCAGCUUAUAGUAGUUGCCUGGUUGCCAUUGUCAUAAAACAUAAUGCAUGUUUCUUUUAUUUUUUUAAGUUUCUUUUGUUUUCAAACGUUGCGUCAGAGUAUGUUGUGAAGGUUCACUUUCUGUGGUUGUACUGCUUUUGCUGAGUGCAGGACCAUUAUGGUGAGAACAUUUCUUUAGAUGACAACAUUCAUGCAUAAAGAUCUCACCAAACUAUUCAGAAGUCCUGACAUUUUUUCUAUGCAAAGUUUUGACAUUUUGUUUUAAACCAAAUGCUAAGUUUUGUAAAGAUACUUAUCAAAGUGUACGUUUUGUUGUGAUAUUCAGCGUUUAUCUCUUAUUUUCCAGCAUGUUACCCUUUCAAAAUGAGUUCUUUAUUUCACAUUUCAUCUUUAUUAUUUAGUCUCCUGUUAUUAUAAAAUCUCUUUAAACAUGUCUUUUUUUCAGCUUUUUUUCAAUGUAUUGGUAAAUGUCACUCAAGAAAAUUACCACAAAUGUAUUGUCACUUCUCAGGAUUCAAACCAUAACUUAUAACUGGUUUAAUUAUUUGUCAUCUUACUUUCAACUUUGUUAUUAUUUCAAACCAUUUCAGAAAAUUUGUGAGAUCAUCCAUAGAAAAUGCCUUACGUCCGGCUAUUGCGAAAUGAGGCAAAAUCCCUGACCACUGCUUCCUGAUAUGGGCUCCGCCAUGUUGAAACCAGUCGACAGUGAUUGGCCCGAGUCGCUGUGAGUCAUUGCAUCGAUGCGAUGACUCACAGCGACUCGGACCAAGCACUGUCGACUGGUUUCAGCAUGGAAGGGCCUGUAUCAGGCGGCAAUGGUACCUCCUAGUUGGGAACACUAAACAUUGUUUUUACAGUCAGUGGUGGAGCAUUAAACUGUUUUAGACUUAGACUGUUUCUGCAAAGUCUGUACAAAAACGUGCAAGCAUCACUCCUCUAUUAACCCCUGCUAUUUCAACAACACACCAUUUCAUCCAAGUCUCAACUUAAUUUGGCAUCACCUUAAAUGGAAAAAACACAGAACAUUUUUUAUAUAAUUGAAAAUAAAUUCAGGAAUAAAGGGGUUAAAAUCUGCUAAAAGAUGAAGCAGUCGCCAUGUAAGUGAAAUACAAAUGAGACAUUUAUCACAUUGUUUAACAGAUUCUUGUUAGAAUCAAAUGAUGUGCUCAUUUUGUUGUCUUAUUUAUGAGAAUGGUUUUAUAUUCGGUUUUGUGGUGACCUAGGUUAAAAAAUAGUUGGAUGACAUUUAUCAUUUUCUCAGAAAAAUCUUGUGUUCUUCCUACAGCAAACCAUAAAAACUUUGACUGUUUCUUGUGAAUUCAAAGGCUAAAAUUAGAGAUGAACUCCACUAACAAUGAUAGUACUAGAAUAGUUCUACCAGGUAAUGCAGUUGACCUGUUUUAAUGUUUUUAUAGAUAAAAAAAAAAAAAACAACAGCAUACCUGCAGAGUGUAUGGUUUGUUCAAACAAUUUUACCAAAGAAGAAAUCAAAAGAGAGGUCGAGGUGGUUAGGGGUUCCGAAAGAAAGAUGAUAGAAUCUUGUUGUUUAGGUUUGUUCUUUACUUCACUCUAUACAUUUUCUUUACUUGAUAAAAAAAAAAAGUAGGUGCCUAAUAUUGCAUUUUCUCCUCUGCCAGAUAGAACUGCAGCUUUUAAAACAGUCGUCAUGUCUGUGCACAAAUAAAAAAAAACAAUGCUGUGAGCUUUAAGAACUCUAAUGACAGACAAUCCCCCAAAUAUUCCCCUGAUCCAGCUAAAUUGCACCUAUAGAGCAUGUGCAACAUGAGGCAAAUCUUAGAUAUAAUGCUUGAAUACAGAUGCACUUUUGAGAACACCACUUUUGAUGUACUAACACUGGUAACACACGAUUUAAGGUAAACCCGAAUCCCUUCUUUAUCACGCGCUAAUAUCAAUGUGCUUCCCCCCAGCUUUGGCAAAACAUGAGUUCUCUGACAAUCUAUUCUUGACUGACUCUGAAAAGAUCUAUUGGUCAAGCGUUUUUUUUGAAGAAAAUAAAAUACAAUAAAGUCACAUACAAAACAGCACUUGUGGGGUGACUUUCCUGGCCAUAAUGAACAUGAGAUCAGCCUAAAUUCAAGCUCAUAUUUUGCUGCUGCAAAGAAUAAAAAGAGAAGAUGCUCUCACUGCAGACCACUGACUCUGUCAAAUGGGGUUGUUUCUUGCUGAAUGUUGUAUCAUCAAACUCAGCGCAAUAGUAAAAUCCAACUUGAAGCUGUAAUAACGGUAUAAAAAUGAAUGUCUGACUUAAAAAGAAAUACCUCGAGAAAGUGUGAAUGUGUGCUUCAGCGUGCCUCUGAUCUUUUUGAUCUCUGGUUUUAGCAAUACACCCUUAAAUGGUGCAUUUGCACUUUAAAAAGAUUUAUAUUUUUAUGUAAUCUAAAUGUGUUUUGGUCUUUUGCUGUAUCUGAGUGUGUAAAAGAAAGCAAUAUGAAAUUGUCUAGAAUGUGACAGCCCAUGGACUGCAGCAAACUGAUAGUGAGGCAAAUAUGUAUUUGAAAGCCCUAUGAGUUUGUAAGUUCUCUCACUUAGAAAUUAUAGAGGAGCCUAACAUUUUCAUCGUAAGUGCAUGUCCAUUGUGAGAGACAUCAUCAAAAAAAAUCUAGAAAUCAUCUUGAAUGAUUUUUUUAAAUAAUUGAUGUGCAUGCUAUUGCUGUAAAUGAGUGAAUAACACCUGAGAAAAUCCAUGUUAAUAUUUGGUACAGCCUUGUUACUACACAGGUAAAAUGUUCCCUGUAGUUUUGCACAGACUGCAGGAGGGAUUUUUGCCCACUCUUCCAUGCAGGUCUUUUCUAGAUCAGUCAGUUUCUAAUCGCUGAGAAACACCGAGUUUGAGCUCCCUUCAAAGAUUUUUUUUUUUGGGGUUGAGGUCUGGGGGCUAGGCCGCUCCUUGGUUUUCCUGGCUGUGUGCUUUGAGUCACGUUCAUGUUGGAAGACCCAGCCACGACCUAUCUUCAAUGUUCUAACUGAGGGAAAGAGGUUGUUCCCCAAAAUCUCACAAUACAUGACCCUGGUCAUCCUCUCCUUAAUACAGUGCAGUCGUCCUGUCCCAUGUGCAGAAAAACAGCCCAUAGCAUGAUGCUACCACCCCCAUGCUUCACAGUAGGGAUGGUGUUCUUGGGAUGGUACUCAUCACUCUUCUACCUCCAAACAUGGCAAGUGGAAUUAAGACCAAAAAGUUAUUUUUUGGUAAUAUCUGACCACAUAAUUUCCUCACCUUAACUCUUCUGGAUCAUCCAAAUGUAUAACUUAAAUGGGCCUAGAGAUGUGUAUGUUUAAGCAGGGGAGGAUUUAAACCAUCAUGUCUUAGUGUAUAACCAACAGUAACCUUGGAAACAGUGCUGCCAGUUCUUUACAGGUCCUUGACCAGCUCAUCCCUUGUAGUUUUGAGCCAAGUCCUCACCUUUCUUAAAGUCAUUGAGACCCCACUAGGAAAGAUCUUGCAUGGAGCCCAAGUUCGAGGGAGAUUGUCAGUCAUAUUUAGCUUCUUCCAUUUCGCAAUAUUUGCUCCAAUAGUGGAUCUUUUUUGACCAAACCGCUUCAAUUGCCUGUGUCCCUUUUCAGCCCUGUGGACUAACAUGGCCCUCUUGGCCAUGGUAGUAGUCAGAAUCUUACUUAUAGUUUUGGGUGGUCAGGUGUCUUUAUGCAGCUAAUGGCCUCAACCAGGUGCCUCUAAUUUAGGAAAAUAAUUGGAGAUGGAAUAUUUAAAAGCGGACUAAAAGGUCUUUGAGGGGCAGAAUUCUAGCUGAUAGGUGUCCAAAUUCUUCUUUGCACCACAAACAUACAAAAAAAUUAUUUUAAAAAAUCAUGCUAUGUGGUUUCGAGAUUUUUUUUUACCAUGUCUCUCACAGCAGAUAUGCAUCAAAGAUAAAAAUUGUUCUAAAAAUCAGAACCUUCCAUGAUUUCUAAGUGGGAGAACUUCCAAAAUCACAGGGUGUUCAAAUACCGGUACGUAUUUGCCUCACUGUACUUCCUUUCAUUGUAUUGGUACUGCAGUACUUUCAAAUGACCUCUCAGGAGAGUCUUUUGGAUUUUCUAGCUGUGAAUUGAAGUUUUACAUUAAAUUAAAGUAAACCUUGCUUUACAUUUUGUUUUAUUAUGUGAUGGCCAUUGCUGGUUUUGCUCCCUUUGUUAGUCCUCUGUAUGCAAUGGGUGGAUUCUCCAUGUCAUCAUUAUUUUUCUUUCAAGGUGAUUCUCUCCUCCUUGGCUAUUUUUUUCCUUUCUACCCAGUGAUAAUUUUCUGUUGCUAGAUUAUAUCCUUGUAGAAUCACAGGGUUUUGCUGCUGCGGCAUGACAAAAUAGACUUCAUGUCUGUUGCUGUGCAGAGGCAUGCAAUACUCCUGCUUUUCUGUAUUCUCCCACAUGAUAACCAUUCAAAGGAGCUUUCAGGUUUUUGAGAACACAUGGAUUGAUUGACAUUUUUAAAUACAAUAAAACAAAACCAAUUUCCUGACUAUUCUACUGUCUAACCUUCAAAUAUACCCACAGACUCCUUACAAGGGUUUACCAAACCUAAGCGUUUGAUUUUUAGUUACCAAAUACAACAAAUGCACAAAGAAAACAAUAAAUUAAUUAAAAAAAGGCUUAAUAACAAUAACAAAAGCUCCAUGAUUGAUGGAAUUUUAAACCUAAGAUGAUGCCUUUUGUGCUAAAUUAAUAAAUAAUAAAAAAUGAUAUUUACGUCAAAGGUAAUCAUAAAUUUGUGAUAAUUUCAUGAUAAUUUUGCAAAGAUAAACCCUUUUGAAUUUAAAAACAUGUCUGACCUUUAUUUUGGAAGGUUUCUGAUCUCUUAAAAAAAUAACAGUCAAAAAACAUUUGAUUUCAGUCAUGAAGUCAUAUGGAUUUGCUGAUGUAGAGACAAACUCUUGCAGCUGAUGGAGAGAAAUAGAUCUGAUUUUUGUGAACUGCAAAAACACCAUUUCAACCAAGGAGGAUAAAAACGCCGUAUUUAAACUUUAAGUGUGAUGGACCUCAUGAUAACAAGCAACUCUAUGCAACUCACAACAAACGUGCAUCCUUUAACUGAGCAUUGGCGUGUUUGUCACUUAAUCUCUGUUUGCAACACUAAAGUACGCUGAUCUGAGACUUGUGAUGAUGGCUUGUAGGUUGAACAUGGAACAUCCUUCAUGGAUAAGAUUUGAGCCCCUGCCCACUCAGGCUGUGGAGAGUCUGUGACACAAGUCUUGCAACUUCGCUGCUCUGCACACAAAUAAAUAUACAGCUGUGUUUCUGGCUGCUCCAUCAAAUGAUGCCCCCAUUUUCAACCUAUCAUUUGUUCACAUCCACUCCUGAUCUUUUUAUCCCAGGCUUCAAACGUGAAAUCAAAUAAAGCUUUGAAUAGAA